GCGAGCUGGAGUGCUUUGUGUGUUAGCACACUGAGAGCUGAGUAUAUAUGUCAGAGUAUGAAAUGAUAUACCGGCAGUUGACGUGGCAAGCUUCAGUACCUUGAGGUCUUGUCAUCUUGUACAGAACGAAGUGGGGAAACAUCACGACAAGCCCCGUUUCGGGAAAACAGACUGAAAAAAAACACCACAGAAGUCAGUGACCUGUGCGAAACGAGGACAAGCAAUCAUUCGGGAUACAAAAAAAAUUUUUAGAAAUCAUUUUUUAAAAUCCGCGCUGUGUAACUAAGUCGGUUGUUGUUCUUGUUGUUGUUCUUGUUGUUGCUCAUGUGAAAGCUAAUCACAGACGGCUCUAGCCUCAAAACCCAAACAUGAAACACGAUGUGUCUUGAAUCCUGGAACUGGAGACAUUUUGAAUGCCAGCGACACUAGAGCUCACAUGGUGUUGACAUCUGCAUGUUGUGUUCUGCCAUCUGUCUGGUCCUUGGUGAGCAAACGGGACAUCACUCUUGUGACUUGUGUUUCAAUCUUAUCGUAGUCAUUAAACACCUCAGUGUUCAAAAUGUUUACCUUUAUCAAACCUAUGACAAAAAGUUUUUUUUUGAAAAGACCAUUCUUGUACAACAUAUUUCCUCGAAGAUUUUCACUCUUUAAGCUGAUGUUGGUGGCUGUGAUUGCAUCCGCGGCAUUUGUAAUGCUGGGUGCAUCGCUGGUCUCCCUUGGUUCCAGAGAAUACUUUGCUGUCUCGAGACCAGUCACAUCCUACCACAAAGUAACAAGUUUUGAAAUUCUGAAUGUGAAGUUGGAUGAACAACUCAAGCCUUUCGAGCCCAUGGUGACCGACAAGGAGGUGCGCAUCUGUCAAGAGAUCUUCGCCAACUUCUCGGAAGCCAUGACAGAAGCGUCCUUGACCUUUUUCAUCUACGGCGGCAGCCUUCUAGGCUCGUGGCGCCACCACAACCUGGUGCCGUGGGAUGAUGACUUGGAUGUGGCUGUCCCCUUGAGCCAGAACGAGACAAUGGCUGCCGUGCUCAACCGCCUCGCGCCGAACUAUGUUCUUGAUGUCAGACAAAAGAAAAGAUGGAAGUUCUACUCCGCUCAGUCGAUCCCCAUCAGUCGGGUGACUUGGAGAUGGCCGUUUCUGGACAUCAACUUCUACGAGGGGAACAGCACACACAUAUGGGACCACGACAGAAAUUACCGACCCUUCUUCAUUCCCAAGGAAGAAGUGUUUCCGCUUUACAAGCGGCCGUUCAUGGACAUGAUGCUCCCCGCGCCGAGGAGCCCGGAGUCCGUGCUGAAGCAUUUCUAUAAGAUGGAUUACUGCGCAGUCGGCUGGUACGACCACCAUGAUGAGAAAAUGAAUCACAACGCGAAGUCUGUCCGGUGUGAGGACCUGCAGCACGUCUUCCCCUUCGUCCAGCGCCAGCCUGCAGGAGGCGGCCAUGUUGGUUGUAACGAGAGUCUUGUCUUCAAGGGAGAUGUGCUGGCCUGGGUGGUGCUGAACACUACUCAGUGCUGAGCAAGUCUUCUGACAGUUAUGUUUGUUUACAAAUAUCACAUUUUUGCUCCAUUCCAUCUCUCUAUCUAGUUUAAAUGAACAGAUUUUUCCUUGCUUAGGUUUGAAGCAGUGGUGUAAGAAAUGAAAAUAUUGUUCUAGUGUUGGGAUAGCGUGUUAAAUAUUUUCUCCUGUGUUUUUGUUAUUCUUGAUAGUAAUAGUGGUAAACAUGGUAGUAGUAGUAGUAGUAGUAGUAGUAGUAGUAGUAGUAGUAGUAGUAGUAGUAGUAGU